AUGUUGUUAACCUCCAGAGGAAUCUAUGGCCAACAAUCUCAGUUCAUUCAUCAUUCUUGAACCUGUCCCGGAAAAUGUUGGUCUUCCUUUCUUAAUAGCUAGCUUCAAUGGCGGCAAUAAUAUCUUCAGAAGGCCAUAAUCUUCAAAGGGAGAGGGGAGAGGCAUACAUCAACAUGGAUUGGGACAAAAUUGGAUAUGAUGUGAUUUCAACUGAUCAAAUGUUUAUAAUGAAAAGCUCUAAAGAUGGUACAUUCACUGAAGGGAUGCUGAUACCUUUUGGGCCUAUUGAGAUUAAUCCCAAUUCUUCAGUUUUAAAUUACGGCCAAGGAUUAUUUGAAGGGAUGAAAGCAUACAGGAAAAAAGAUGGUGGAAUUCAAACAUUUCGACCCCAAGAAAAUGCAAUGCGAAUGCAGAUGGGAGCUGAGAGAUUGUUGUUGGUUGCACCUUCUGUUGAACAAUAUGUUUAUGCAAUCAAACAAGUUGUUCUUGCAAAUGAGCGUUGGAUACCACCGUAUGGAAAGGGAUCACUGUACAUUAGGCCUCUCUUAUUUGGAAGUGGACCAGUUAUGGGUAUUUCACCUUCACCAGAAACCACCUUCUUAAUAUACACUAAUCCAAUUGGCAAUAAGUACAAGGGACAUGCUGGUGAAAUAAAUUUGUUAAUUGAAAAUAGUGUUCCUCGUGCUUUUCCUGGUGGAACUGGUGGAAUAAAAAAUAUAAGUAACUAUUCACCUGUUUUGCAUGUGACAAAAGAAGCCAAGGCUAAGGGAUUUACAGAUGUGCUCUUUUUGGACGCAGUGGAACAUAAGUAUAUCGAGGAGGUGUCUUCCUGUAAUGUUUUCAUUCUAAAGGGAAAUGUAAUAUCAACUCCACCGGCAACUGGAACUAUUUUACCAGGAGUUACAAGAAAAAGCAUAAUCCACAUAGCUCUUGACUUGGGUUACGAGGUUGAAGAACGAAGAGUUUUGGUGGAAGAAAUUAUUGAAGCUGAUGAGGUUUUCUGCACUGGAACUGCUGUUGGAAUCUCUCCUGUCAAGAGUAUAACCUACCAAGACAAAAGGGUUGAAUUUAAAAUUGGAGAUGAAACAACAUCAAUGAAGCUGUUUAGAAUGAUUAGAGGCAUCCAAUCAGGUGAUCUUGAAGACAAGAACGGCUGGACAGCUGAAAUUGAUUGAGCUUCCAAAAAUAUCACAAUAACUUUGUGCAAUGUCUACUUGUAUGAAUAUCACUAAGUAGUUGCUCAACCAAAAAAAAAAAAAAAAACAUAAGCAUAAACAUAAACACACACACUCGAUAUAUGGGGGGGGGGGUGUGUAUGACCGAUGAGCAUAUCAUAUCAUGUGUACGAACUAAAGCAGAAAAGAAUUAUCAUAAACUAAGAAGUUUUUCAUUGGAGUGAAA